GCGCCACGCAGCAGGCUGUGAGCCCGGGCCCUGAAACAGGACUGGAGUUCAGACCUCAAACAUCUGAAGACAUUGAACACUUCCAAUAGGCGCAGUCACAAGGGAAACAGAGAAUCUACUCACUCUUAAUACCAUUGAAACUUGACACCGUUGUCUGCAGAGCCGUCCAAUCAGGAGCCUUGAGAGGGACUCCGCUGACCGCCUACACACAGAGCCCCAUCAUGGUGGCAGCACACGUUUUAUACACUUUAUAAACCCAGUUCCCCUGCAUAUGUACCUGUGUUGAUGGCCCCGGUUUGAACACGGCCCCCUUUACUGCUAAAGCAAAACAACAACACCAGGCGCCAUCUUGUAGCUCCGCCCUCUGGUAGCUCCGCCCCCGGUAGCCCCGCCCUCCGGUAGCGGCGCCAUGCUCCUGGAGGUGAAGGUGGCGCUGAACUUCAUCGUGUCCUACCUGUACAACAAGCUGCCGCGGCGCCGAGCCGACCUGUUCGGGGAGGAGCUGGAGCGCCUCCUGGUGGCGCGCUUCGAGGGCCACUGGUACCCCGAGGCCCCGCUGCGCGGCUCGGCCUUCCGCUGCCUGCACCUGGGGGCCCCCCGGGACCCGGUGGUGGAGCUGGCGGCCAGGCGCAGCGGCCUGGACACGGAGGAGGUCCGCGCCAACGUCCCGGCCGAGCUCAGCAUCUGGGUGGACCCCUACGAGGUGUCCUACCAGAUCGGGGAGCAGGGCGCCUUGAAGGUGCUGUACCUGGAGGACCCCCCGGGGCCGGGCGGGGGCGCGGAGCGGGGGGAGCCGCCGGGGGACGGGGCCCCGGGGGACGGGGGCCCCGACGAGGCCCGGAGCCUGGGCUUCAACCCCGACGCCCAGGUGUUUGUCCCCGUGGGCGGGCGGGGGUCCCCCGGGCUGCUGGGCUCGUUGUCGGCCUCGCCCACGCCCGGCCCCGCCCCCCCGCCCGGCCCCGCCCUCUUCAGCUACCCCGGCACCCCCACCGCGCACUCCUCCAACCCCUCCACCCCCUCCCCGCCCCUGGGGGGGCUGUCCUACCUGCCCCCCCCCCAGCAGCCCCCCGGGGCCCCCGGCCGGCCCCCCCUCCAGCCCAUCACCUUCACCACCGCCAGCUUCGCCGCCACCAAGUUCGGCUCCACCAAGAUGAAGAAGAGCAGCGCGGCCGGCCCGGGGGCCCCCGGGGGCCCGGGCGGCGGCGGCGUUGCCGUGGUAGCCGUGCCCCCUCAGAGGAUCCUGUCGCGCUCCCCGCCCGCCGCCCUCCCCCCCGCGGAGCUGCUGAAGCACAAGCCCCUGGCCCUGGCCCUGCACGCGCUGGGGGCCCCCGCCCCGCCCAGCCAGCUGUCGCCCAACGCCAAAGAGUUUGUGUUCCCCGGCUCCCCGGGGGCCCUGUACUUCGAGGUGGACCCCCAGCCCAUGGCCAGCCCCUUCCAGCCGCCCCCCCACCUCAACGCCCACCCCAGCUACGACCCCUUCGCCCGCCCGGCCGCGCCCGGCCCCGGGGGGCUGUCCUACGGGGAGAAGCCCCCCUUCGGGGAGGGUCUGGGGGGGUACAGCCUGCAGUACCCCCCCCAGUCCUUCCCGUCCGUGGUGCUCGCCAACUAGCCCUGAGGAAGAGGAGGAGGAGGAGGGCGAUGGUGGUGACGAAGGUGGUUCCUCCAGCGGGGUUUGGCCUGCGGUGGAGGGACGCCACGUGAUUAGUUUUCUACUUCAGGGUUUUUUGUUUGUGACGGCGUGGGAUUAGUUUGACUCCCAGAGGCUCUGCUCCUCUCUGUGGGACGGAGGGAUUCUUCUUUUUCUUCCUCCCUGCGGUUCCUCCACCCUGAAUGUCAGAGUGGAGGAGGUGUGGAGCAGGUCAACACGAAACGGCCUCCAUUUUAGUUUGAAGUUUUGUUUUUGCACUCUUACAGCGAGGAAGGACCUUGGCCAAGACCUGCAGUCGACGGACGGACAGCCGUGGAGAGCUCAGCACUUUACACUGCAAUCUGCUUUGCCCCAGUUAGUGUGUGUGUGUGUGUGUGUGUGUGUGUGUGUGUGUGUGUGUGUGUGUGUGUGUGUGUGUGUGUGUGUGUGUGUGUGUGUGUGUGUGUGUGUGUGUGUGUGUGUGUGUGUGUGUGUGUGUGUGUGGUAGAGCAACCUCUGGUGGAGGCAGAUGUUUCCUCCUUCAAACCCGGAGCACGUUUUCAGGCUGAAGCCAAAUGCAGCUCUCCUCCUCUCUCCUCUCCUCUCCUCUCCUCUCCUCCUCUCCUCUCCUCACCUCUCUCCUCUCCUCCUCCUCCUCUCCUCUCCUCCCCCCUCUCCCUCUCCUCCCCCAUCUCCCUCUCCUCUAUUCCUCUGGCCACCGGUUGUUGUUGUUGUUGCAGUAUUAUCUUGGUGUCGGUGCAGAGGAACGAAUGUUCUCCGGUCCCUCGUGGACCAGCUUGUGAUCCGCGUGGCCGGGUGCACGUGAUUGGUCGGCUGCCAUCGGGGGGGGGACAGGGUGCCCAUGCACUCAGAAUGCCCCUCCAAGCCCCCCAGCACUUUAUAUUAUUAGAACCCGGGGGCAUUGUUAGGGGGGGGGGUUCAUCACGCACACCCCAUUCCGUCGGCACGGUGACGGCACAUUCUGAUAGCGGCCCUGAGACGCAGAAGGUGCGCUGGAUUUGUCUUGCGUGUCGUCUUACGGCGGCGGGGCAGGGCCGUCCUGUCUGUAGGUCCCGUGAAGUGAAUGUUUUCUAGAUCCACGCUUUAGACGUCCCGGUGCAGGCCGCCCCCCCCCCCCCCGCUGGGCUCCCACGGCCCCAGGCCCGAGCCCGGGUGGUCCGCAUGCAGUACUGCAGCGUCGGGCCCACUCUGCCGCCUCCCCCCGGGACACGGACGUAGAGACGGACGGACGGACAUAGAGACGGACGGACGGACGGACGGACGUAGAGACGUAGCGCAGCGAGGGCAGAAGUUUAUUUUAUUUUUUACAUUUGAUCGCACGUUACUUCAAAAUGUUUCUAGAUUCUUUUCUUUUCAUUUUCCAGCAGAAUAAAAUACAUUUGUAAGUAAAUGAUUCAAAUAUGACUCUAGGAAUAAGAAAAAAGUUGUUAUUUUCAGAUUCUUUGUUUAAUUUCUUAUGAGCUGAGGUUAUUUUUACAGAAGAAUAACGUGAAUAUAUGCAAGUUCAGAUGAACAUGACGAUGUAUAGAAUAAAGUGUUGAAUGUGUUGAACCUUGUACAUCGUGUGUCUAAUAAAGACGGGUAAAUGUAUUCAUUAAGAUGUUGUCCUCGGACAGGUUCAGAAGUGAAUGUUUACAUGAGUUGGUUUUGGAAGAGUCUGCAAUCCUCACUUUUCUGAAGAGUCUUCUCAGUGCUCUGUCUCCUGAUUCCAUACAUUUAAACCAAAAAACGGACCCCACAUUUCAAAGUUUCUAAAUCACACCGUUUCUCUUUCAAUGGCUCUGCGUACAUUCAUACGUAUUCAUAUUUGUUCUCUUCGUCAUUGGUAUUAAAUGUCCUGUUCUACAAACGUACUUUAUCCUCCGUCACAGGCCUGUGUGCGCCCGUUGGCUGAGCUCCAGAGUCACGGCAGCUCAUUGUCCUCGGUCUGCACCCCCCCGCUCACUCCGACACCCUAAUAACCCCCCCUCGCCUCCUCCUGCUCCGUGUUUAAUAAGAUAGCCAUACCCCCCCCCUCACUAGCUCUGAGCGGCCAGCUGCUCCCCCAGCAGAGCCACAGCCCAUAAUACCAGGAGUCCAGAGGAGUCCUUCUGUGGGCCGGGCCACGGGGGGGCCGGGUCCGGGGCGGUCAGAACCCGGGGGGUCCGUCUGAGACGUGGACUGGCUUCAAGGGAAAUGCUUGUUUUUGUUAAUUUUUUAUAUAAAUUGUUGCAUAAAAUGUUCGAAGAACUUCUGUCCACCCAAAAACAAACGACUUAUUGUCCAAGUGUGUUUUAAUUUCC